GUAAAUUUCCGGCAGACUGCAGCCAGCGACCAAUGAUUGAAAUACAAAGUGUUGAACUUGAACAUGCAACCAUCACACUCUUCCUCUUCACCAAGAGACACAGAUAUUUUCCACUUCCGAGCUUGAGAAGAAAUGGAGUCAAUGUUAAUUGGGUCUUUCCAGAAACCAACGCUCUCGUUUCCCUUUGCAGCUGAGUUAUGCUCGCUUCCUACUGCAGGUAAUAAUUUAAUAUGCAAAGAUUUCAGCACUGUAGGAAGGCUCUAUUCCCUACCCGAGAGAUUAUGUGUGCGGAGGCGAAAUUUGAUGCACCAACCUGUCAAAAAUAUAGCCCAAAGAAGAAUUACACUGAAUCCGAAGGGUGAUUCAAAGUAUGUAGCAAAUUCAUCUUCAGGGCAUUCUCUUGAAUCUGAACCUUCUAAGAGCCCUUUGGGUCCAGUGCAACAAGCCUUUGAUGCUUUCUACAGGUUUUCGCGGCCUCAUACGGUUAUAGGAACAGCACUGAGCAUCGUUUCAGUUUCCCUCCUUGCGGUUGAGAAAGUAUCAGAUUUUUCUCCAUUAUUUUUUGCUGGCUUGCUAGAGGCUAUCAUUGCUGCUCUGUUGAUGAAUAUUUAUAUUGUUGGCUUAAAUCAAAUAUCUGAUAUAGAAAUUGACAAGGUAAACAAACCAUACCUUCCGUUGGCAUCUGGAGAAUAUUCGCUCAAAACUGGUGUAUUGAUUGUAUCAUCAUUUGGCAUCUUGAGCUUUUGGCUUGGAUGGGUUGUUGGUUCAUGGCCUUUAUUUUGGGCCCUCUUCAUCAGUUUUAUGCUAGGAACUGCGUAUUCUAUUGAUAUACCACUUUUGAGAUGGAAAAGAUUCGCUGUAGUUGCAGCGAUGUGCAUCUUUGCUGUGCGAGCCGUGAUCGUGCAAAUAGCUUUCUAUUUGCACAUCCAGACUUAUGUGUUUGGACGACCAGGCACCCUAACAAAGCCUGUGAUUUUUGCAACUGCAUUCAUGAGCUUCUUCUCCGUCGUCAUUGCGCUGUUUAAGGAUAUACCCGAUAUUGUUGGGGACAAGAUAUAUGGAAUUCAAUCAUUUACAGUCCGACUUGGCCAAGAGAAGGUUUUCUGGAUCUGCAUUUCACUUCUUGAAAUGGCAUAUGCCGUUGCAUUGUUUGUCGGAAUUACAUCUUGUUGUACGUGGAGCAAGUGGGUCACGGUCAUUGGCCAUACUGUGUUGGGUUAUCUGCUGUGGAGGCGAGCAAAGUGUAUUGAUUUCAAGAACAAGGCAGCAAUAACAUCCUUUUAUAUGUUCAUAUGGAAGCUCUUUUAUGCCGAGUAUUUGCUCAUUCCUCUGGUCCGGUGAUCUUGGGUUCGUCUUUUAUGGCGACAGUGGCAACGGCUGAGGCUUGGUACUAGUUAUACAAUAUUCAUAAUUAACUCAGAUCAGAUGCCCUACAAUGAACCUGUCUAUAUUCGCCUAUUCUAUUUCGUGUUCGCUAAAAGUGACAAUAUCACAUCGUCAACCUCAUAAAUUUAUUUGUUUGAAUUUGCAAAUUUACAUAA